ACAACUCACAAGAAGUAGAGAAACCAGUAACUGAAGUCAUCAAUCAUGGUCAUAAACCUUUUGCUCCUACUGUUAUCUGCAGCUUUGGCCAGUACAGAGUCAGCAUACUGCAAUCAAAACCUAACAAUCAUUGACCUUUCCAAUACUACAGUGGCAGUCAAGUGGGACAGUGAAAGUAGAGAAGGCACUAGCAUCACAUAUAGAGUUACCUACUACACUGAAACAAAUUCUAAUCUAAACAAACGCCAGGUCAGGACUACAAUAAAUGGAUUGCUACUGAAAGGACUAAUGCCUGCCACAACAUACAAAAUAAAUAUAGUCGAAAUAUCAACCACUACAUCACCGGUUUUGUCACUUCCAUCUACAAAAUUAUUAUGCGACACAACAUUCACAACGCAAGAUCAGAGCAGGCAACAUGCUGUAGAGGGAGUCAGAGCACAUGUAUUCUAUCCAUUCGUUAAUGACAACUCAAUAAUAUCUGCGACUGUUGUGUGGAAAAACUUAAGUGAAACUUCAGAUGUUUCAAUCAAAUAUUAUAAUAUUAGCAUUUUGACACUAUAUGAUGCAGGUAUUCCAAGUAAAGAUUUUAAUGAGACCUUUUUUAUCGUCAGCAAAUAUGACACAUUUAUAAAACUUCAUAGCUUCAUUGAAAUUCUAGACUUUCCACUAUCAACUAAUGCUCUGUAUACACUACAGAUACAAGGUGUACUGGAGUCUGGGGAAGCUCUACCCUUUUCUGAACCAAUAGAAUUAAACACAUCAUAUGCUAAACCUGCUAAAGAGUUGUAUGCACUCUUUACUGAUGGAAGCAGUUACCUAAUACAGGGCAACAGCCAGCGUGAAGGAACUUUUCAUACCACGUCUCCUAUUGCUAUAGAUAAAACAAGAAGAAUAAUAUAUUAUAAUGAUGACAACAACAUAAAGAGAAUAUGGCUUAACAAUAACGAGCCACCACAAAUAGUUUUUGAAGGAGAAGGUCUUGGCAUUACUGUACAUUCGUUAGCAUAUGACUGGGUCGGAGACGUCCUUUAUAUAGGCGGGAAUAAAGAUGAGGAUUCAUUAGUAUUACUAAGAGUGAGGAUAAGCGAUGGUAAAUGGAGCAUUAUAUAUGAAUCGACAAUGAGUACUCCUGUAGAGAUGACAGUUAAUCCAUUCACUGGGUUCCUUCAUUUUAUUGCUGGCACAGAUAUAGUUCGUUUUAAUCUAAGAAACAAUAGUAGUGUUGUGGUUAACAGCACACAUGUUCAGACGCUAACUGAAGAUGUUAGUAGUAAUUGCCUGUAUUUCAUGAAAGAGGGUGAUACUGUCAGAAACAACAUAGUUUCAAUAAACACAAUAAAUGGCCUGGAUAAUGAUAAUUGCUCUUUUGUAUAUCCUAUAACAAAAACAGUGAGACCAGAUUCAAGGAUUGCUGUAGACGACACUGGCAUAUACUUGAUAGCAAGAGAUAACAGAAAUCAAGAUGUAGAGUUUCCAUUGACUUUCUAUACAUUUAAUAAUGCAAUUGGGACUGAUGAGGGAUUUUUGGGAGUUGAUGAAAAUGAAAUGCUAAGAUACAUAUUGACAACCAGCCCUGGAACACAACCAAUUCCAAGAUUUCAAUGCUUGUCUCCUGAUCUCUCUAACAUUACUAAUCGUCCACACAUCACCAGCUACACAGUAACUGAUGAAUCUAAUGAAUAUAUAUCAAUAAACUUAACAUGGAGCAAACCAGAAUUACCUGAUGAAUGCUAUAACUCAUACUUCUCUCUGCCUCCUCUCACUUAUCGAGUCUUCCUUAACACAAAAGAAGGACUUGAAACUAAAUUAGAAGAAUAUGAAAAUGGAAAAAUAUUCUAUGAUACCAGUGCUAUUAUCACUGGCAUCAGUAAAGGUAUAGAGUACUUGGUAUCAGUCUCGGCAAUGAAUCAAUACACAACCAGAUCUUUUAAUGAUCUUUUGAAAGGACCUCAAUUGAUCCUACAAGAACAAGACACUUCAUCAAGUGCUAAACCUUCAGUGUCUAUAACUAGUAUUUCUGCAUCACCAACUUCAAUACAGAUAACAACACCAACAAAUCCAGGAUCCAGUUCAACUAAUGCAGUGCUGAUAGGAUCAAUAGCUGGUGCUGGAGGUGGAAUAGCACUAAUAUUAGGAUUAGUAAUAGUUACUGGUAUAAUACUAGCAGUACUAAUAAAAAGGAGAAAUAAAAAAUCCAUUGAUCUCAAGCCUCCUCCUCCUCCUCCUCCUCCUUCAUCCAGUGAUCUGCAGCCAUAUGCUGUACCAAUAGAUUCACUGGAGGAGUACAGAAAAAAUGGAGGAAAGCUCCCUCCCUUGCCCCCUCAAAAUUACGAGGUGCCCUCAGUCUCAAUUGGACACAUGACAGAGGCUGACGAACCAUAUUCGACCGUUUUACCACCAAAAGGGAGUCCUGCUACUAAAAGCAUGUCACCGAUCGAGACCGAAACAUAUAGUUCACCACUGAGCUCUCCGAAGCAUGCAAAACCGAAGUACACUACAAUCCCAUGCCAACCGAAUCCAUCAUACACAAAACCAGUAAAAACCAUUAACACAAGGAACGGCGUUGCCACUCUUCGACCACCAAAUCCUUACUCACAGCCAAUCAGCUCCAAGAAAACCCCGCCCACAUCUCCGAGUACCUCCCCUACAAAUAGUCUUGGGGUUCCUAGCCCAUACUCAGAUCCUGUGAGUAUCAGGGGGACCACGCCCCCUAAAAGCUCAGCCCUCUCUUUGAAUGUAACUCCAAGUCCUUAUUCGGAGCCAGUGAAGACUAAAAGGUCUCCGUCAUCAGAUAACGAGACAGAUGAAGAUGAGUAUUAUGAGCCAAUCCGACCGGUCAGACCUGCUUCCUCUACAAAUGUAGGCCAUCAUUACUUCACAUUGAAUCCAACAACUGCUAGGCCCUCGUCUUAUUCUCCAUCAGGUCCCUUGCCACCGGUUCCUACAGAUAACAAUAACAAUGGAAGCACUGAGCAACCACUUUACUCUGAAGUAGGAGGAGCAGGAGACAGGAAAAACUAGCUGAAUUUCAAAAACACCAUUAUUAUUGUUAUUCCUGUAUCAUAAAAUCGUGUACAGUUUAAUGAAAAGUAAUUGUAUAUUUUCUGUAUUUUCUGUUUGCCAGUAUUAUAAAUUAUAAAAUAA